UCCCUUGAAACAUAGAGCGCAAGUCACUACGCGACUUCGAGCACGCUUCAAUUGUGUCUGAUACAGACUAUUCUACAUCAUGGCUUCCCCGGCCCCCGCCGCUCUCUGGGAAGCUCUUCCUGUUCCGACACUCGACCGACCUUUUGGUAUACAAUUAUGGCCUUACUUCAGCAAGGCUUUUGAAGUAGUAGCGGGUUAUCCUGCUGACGACUUUCGAUUCGUAGCCGGCAAGACGCCAAUGUCUACUCUGAAGGAGACAUUGUCAUUUAUUGUCAUAUACUACCUAAUCAUCUUCGGCGGUCGCGAGUAUAUGCGCAACAGAGAGCCCUUUAAGUUGAAGGCUCUCUUCUUGAUCCACAACUUCUAUCUUACCGCUAUUAGUGGUAUACUUCUAGCACUAUUUAUCGAGCAAUUGCUACCAACCAUCGCUCGCCAUGGAAUCUUCUUUACGAUCUGCGAUACCGACGGCGGUUGGACGCAGCCUCUGGUGGUUCUUUACUACCUGAACUACCUCACCAAGUACCUGGAACUUUUGGACACCGUAUUCCUGUUCUUGAAGAAGAAGCCUCUAACCUUCCUACACUGCUACCACCACGGCGCUACCGCAUUCCUCUGCUACACCCAGCUCCUCGGUUCGACCGCCGUGUCGUGGGUCGUUAUUACCUUGAACCUGACCGUCCACGUCGUUAUGUACUGGUACUACUUCCAGAGUGCUCGCGGAAUCCGUAUCUGGUGGAAGGAAUGGAUCACCCGCCUACAGAUCAUUCAGUUCAUCAUUGACCUUGGAUUUGUCUACUUCGCUUCGUACACGUACUUCACGUCUACUUACUUCCCGAGCAUGCCGAGCGCAGGCAAGUGUGCCGGAGAGGAGUUUGCCGCUUUCGCUGGUAUUGGUACUCUGACCUCUUACCUGGUUCUCUUCAUCUCUUUCUACUUCGCUACAUACAAGAAGGACCAAAGGGCACCAAGCACGCGUAAGACUCUUCGCCGCAUGUCGCAGGCUCCUCUUCCGGACCAUCACACCGUUGCACACGCGGCACAAAUACCGCAAGCCAAGGCCACCGGAAUUAAGACUAACGGAGUCACAACUCGAUCCCGAAAGGCUUAAAGCAUAAGUUGGUGUUGCUAGUCCAGAUACAUGGCCCGUAGUUGACGAUAUUUGGAUCACCAUUUCAAGUUAAAACAUUUUUGUAUUCCGAUAUGAAUAACGGACUCGGGUGCUAGGAGCUACGUAGAGGCCG